UAAUUAUUAUUAUUAACAAAUAAAAAAAAAAACAAAAUAAAAAAAGAAAAAAGUGAUUUUUUAAAAAUAAUGGCUGGUCGCCAGAGAUAUCAGGCAAAUGCUCGUGAACGAGAUCGAACACACAGGGAUAAAAUUCAAGAAACAAAAAAAUCCUCAAUCUUCAGUGUAAAUAUGGCAUUCAGUGCAUUGAGAAUGCUGAUACCAACUGAACCAGCUGAUAGAAAAUUAUCAAAAAUUGAAACACUACGUCUUGCAAGUAGUUAUAUCAGUCAUUUAGAUGCUGUAUUAAUUGUUGGACCAAUUGAUAAUCCUUGUAUGAAAUUCAAAGAGAUAUAUUGGAAAAAGGAGGAUGAUACAUUUUUAAACAACUCUAUGAGACCAAAAGUCUGUACAUUUUGUCUAGCCAUGCACAAAAAACAUAGUGUUACAACAGGAUUGAUAGAAGAUUAUAAUCAAGAGUAUUAAACAAUCAGUCCCCAUGAAUAGUAACAGUUUAAAAAUUUAUAUUUAAAAAAUAAUAAUCAAUACUUAAAAUGAAAAACAAGAUAAAAAAAAAAAUAUUUUAUUUAUGUAAAUACAAGUUAAUAAUUGAAUUUAUAAAUUAAAAUGAAUGAGUGCUGUGUGAGGAAAUAGAUAAAUGAUAUAUAAACAAUUUUAAAUAUUUAAUUACAGUUAAGUAAAAAAUAUUUAAUAAAAAAAAAUAUG